AUAAUCUAUGGAUGAUAAUAAUAAUUAUCGGUAAUAAUAUUAAUUUAGUUACUACUCGUAAGUACACCAUUUUGUUUGCAAGUUGGAAAUUAUAAUGGCAGGUAGGCUACUUGCUCUAAGAGCAUUACGGGCAAGUAGGACGCCGUUUGGAGCUCGAGGUGCCCAUCAAGGGGAUCCCGCAAAAGCCCUAAUUGGAAAUAGAGAAAUUGUUGGAUUUGGUUAUAAUGGUCAACCUAAUUAUGUUGAUCGGCCAGAUUUUCCCAUACCUGCCAUUAGGUGGAAAGAGCCAACUCCAGACAUACAGGCUCUUCGUGAGAAAGAAAAGGGUGAUUGGAAACAACUGAGCAUUGAAGAAAAGAAAGCAUUAUACAGAGCAUCUUUUUGUCAAACAUUUGCAGAAUUUCAAGCUCCAACUGGAGAAUGGAAGAUGACCAUAGGAGUUGCUUUAUUAUUUUCCUCAUUGGCAAUUUGGAUAUAUCUAGCAAUGAAACUGUGGGUAUAUUCACCUUUACCGGACAGCUUUAGUGAAGAAAGCCGUAAAGCACAGUUAAGAAGAAUGCUUGACAUCCAGAACAAUCCAAUUGAAGGUAUUGCAUCAAAAUGGGAUUAUGAAAAGGAUGACUGGAAAAAAUAAAUGUUUGCAUAAAUUUACCCUACAUAAGAUUCAGUAGCAGCAAAUACAAGUUUUUUUUUUCUGUCAAGAUCAUCAUAUUAUGAUGUAGUUUUAUUUUUAUUAUACUUAUACUUCUUUUUUGUUAUUCACCAAAAUAAACUAGUGUCCUUAUACAAACAUUUUGUAAUUAAUUUAAUUUAAUAGAUUGUUAUGUAAAUAGUA